GAAAGCAAAUAAUUACAAAUUAAACGAAAAAUUGGAAGGAAGGAAAAUUGAAGUUCAACUAAUUGGACCUUUGAGAAGAAUUUAUUCAGGAGCGCAGACGCAAUUUAUAAAGAGUUUGGACUUGGACAGAAGCGCGUUGACUAUUCGACGGAAACUACCGUAAAUUUCUAAGCUCAAUGUAACGCGACAAUAAUUUGAUACGCGUUACAAAUCGUUCGCGAAAAGCUGUGGUUUCUUUUUCUCCUUCUUCUUCUUCUUUCUUUUUUCAAUCAAUAAAAUUAAACAGGAUUGUUAAAUUCCAUGUAUUUAAACGUAACUCGUAAAAUCAUGAAGUGUUUUUUAAAGAUAGUUUUUUUUAUUAGUCUUAUACCAAACAACAAGGCUACUAGUUUUACAGUCACCGAUGAGGUAUAUUUUGAUAUAAUGAUCGAUGAUCAUCCUGCCGGAAGAAUUGUUAUAGGUUUAUUCGGUGAUGUUGCUCCAAAAACAGUGAAGAAUUUUCUUACGAUAGCUACCACCGGUAUUAAUGGAAAAACUUACGCGGGUACAUCCUUUCAUCGUAUUAUUAAGAAAUUUAUGAUUCAAGGCGGUGACAUCGAAAACGGUGAUGGUACGGGAUCGAUCAGCAUUUAUGGACAAUAUUUCGACGAUGAGAAUUUUGAUUUACCACAUGCCGGACCAUUUUUCGUUAGUAUGUCAAACGCUGGUGAAAAUACCAAUGGUUGUCAAUUUUUUAUUACAACCGUAGCUACGCCUUGGUUGGAUGGAAAGCAUACUGUUUUUGGGAAGGUAAUCGAAGGGCAGAGUGUAGUUUUUAAAAUCGAACAAACAAAAACAGAUGUCAAUGAUAGGCCGAUCAAACCAGUAAUUAUAUCUGAAAGUGGAAUAAUUCCGGUGACAUCGUCAUUCACCGUAUCGGAUGAUCCCUACAAUUUUAAUCGUAGUACUGGAUAAAAUGAUUUCCCAUGCUAUCUUUUAUCCAUUAAUUUGCAGUAUCUGGGAAUGGAUCAAAGCUACCUGCAUACCAUUGAGUUUCAGUUUCACGGUUCUUGGCUUUUUUCAUUGGAUGAUGAAGCAAUUAGACAUUUAAAAAUAAUCUACAAAGUGAAUUUAUUAAAAUUGAACUAUAUAUAUAUAUAAAAAGAGAAAAAAAAGAAUAUCAAAAUAAA